UAAGCUAUCCAAGUUAGGAGAGACACCUGAGGAAAGAAGAAAAGAAGGAUUGCGUAUUCCUCUGUCUCAGACACUCGGUCAUUUCAAAUGGCGGCGGCCAACGUCACCGGACUGACGUGUCCUUGUCCUUCCACACUGAAAUUUUCAACGACGGUCAUCGACUGAAACCGAGUCAUCACCACCACAUAGUUACAUGGUUAAAGUUAUCUACUCCGUACACAUACUGGCAAGUGGCAAGUGAGCAACUGUCGACAUGGGCUUUGUUCCCCCCGAAGAGCCGAUCGAUCUCUUCAGAGGCUGGCCUAACCCUGCCCUGCUGCCCACCACCGCCUUGGCUCAAGCAUCCGCCACCGUCCUGUCCACGCCGUCCAUCUGGACCCCAGCCCUGCUGUACGGUCCUGAUGAUGGCUAUCUGCCCCUGCGAAAGAGCGUUGCUGAAUGGCUGACCCACUUUUACAAACCACGCGAUCCGGUUUGUUUCGAUCGGAUCUGCAUUACUGGCGGUGCCAGCCAGAAUCUGGCAUGUAUCUUCCAGGUCUUCACUGACCCUAGUUACACCAGACAUGUCUGGAUGGUAGCGCCUGCGUAUCACCUGGCGUCUCGGAUGGUGGACGAUGCCGGCUUCGCGGGUCGUAUCAGAGCCGUCCCGCAGGAUGACGCGGGGCUCGAUCUUGAAUAUCUCCGUCGGGAGAUGGUGGCCGCCGAGCGGAAAGCUAAUGAAGAGCAGAGAUUCGAACCGAAACAUAAACCUCCAAGACCAUGGGGAAAAAUCUACAAACACGUCAUCUAUGCCACGCCGACAUUCUCUAAUCCCACCACGCGGACCAUGUCCCUGUCCGAUCGGGAGAAACUGGUCCAGCUUGCGCGCGACUUCGACGCCUUGAUUGUGACAGAUGACGUCUACGAUUUCCUUCAGUGGUCUGCGGAUCCAGACCGCCCCCUUGCUGCGCCCGACAAGACACGCGUGCCUCGGCUGGUAGACGUUGAUCGCUACCUGAACGGAGGGCCUCAGGACGAAUGGGGGAACGUCGUCAGUAACGGGAGCUUCAGCAAGCUGAUCGGCCCUGGCAUGCGGACCGGAUGGGCCGAAGGCACGGCCAAGUUUGCCUACGGACUUUCUCAAGCAGGUUCAUCGCGGUCUGGAGGGUCCCCGUCCCAAAUGGCCUCCACGAUAAUUGCUCAGUUGCUCGCCGAUGGGGCCUUCCAGUCUCAUCUAACUGGGGUCUUACAGCCCGCUUAUGCGCGCAGGUACCAUGUCAUGAUGUCGGCUAUCCGCAAACACCUGCUCCCUCUGGGCGUAGUACUGCCCUACUCCUCCGAGGUCGUCGGCGGAUACUUUAUCUGGGUGCGUCUUCCGAGUCCGUUACGCGCAAGUGAUAUCGUGCAACUGGCUCUGGAGAAGCAGAAACUCAGGGUGGCUGCUGGUGAGAUUUUCCAGGUCCCCGGGGACUCGGUGGACCGAGGCAACGACUUUCAUGAUUUCCUGCGACUUUGUUUCGCCUGGUCUGAGGAGGAUCAACUCGCUGAAGGAGUGCGACGACUAGGAUGCGUCAUUCAUGAUGCUUUAGUUGGACCCGCAGCCAUUUCUACGUAGUUUUGAGUGGUUGCAGUGCCACUGUACCUUACUUCUCUGGUAGUGACCAUGGUUCAAAGCGGAUCGGCCCGCCUGCAUACCUAUCCUUCUCUGGUCCUAGACAAUCCUUGUUAACUGUUCACCUUCCACCUUCCACCUUCCUUCCACUCUUAGAACCUCUAGCCAUUAACACAAUCAUCUAUGCUGCAGAGAUUCAUGGUCAACACCUUGUCUCAUCAUCGCCCUUUCUAUCUUCACCUUACCGCCCUGUCUACUAGCAUUGCCAAGCAAUCAUCGACAAUAUGAUUUAAUUGCAGUACGGGGAAGUGAAAGUUACCAAUCUACUGAAUUGUUGAAG